AUGGCCGACCACGAUUCGCGAAGCAUGUCGAUAGUCCCUUAUAGCGCUGCAGGGGACAUAGUACUUCGCCAUGACGACGCGAUCGUGGUGUUUGACCACUCGUCUCAACAGCUCGUUCUUCAACCCGCGAAUCAAGGCGUCGAUAACAUCGGUGCGGAACGGACGGAUUGCCCCUACUGCCAUCGACCGAUGCGUGAUGGUAAUCCCGAGAAUCCCCAAGAGCCUCAUCGCGGAUCUACUCCAGUCGCACCAGCGCCGCCGAGAUUCGUGAACCCGGAAUACUUUCGACUGCUCGAGAAUAGUAGCCUUCCCCCGCCUUCGAAUCGAUCAGCUCCUUCAUCUCCACGGCGCCAGCUGGUACAGCCUGCUGAGGAGGGAGGUACACCGGCUCCGACAGCCGAUCAGGGUGGUGACUCGCCUUCUAAUACCCAUGGGAUUUCGUCAGCCGCAUUCAGUCAUGACUAUUUCAAGAGGUUCUUCGUAGAAGAACGGGAGCUCGGAAGAGGAGGGAAGGGUGUUGUGCUUUUGGUGAAGCAUAUACUUGAUGGUGUGCCUCUGGGCCACUACGCAUGCAAGCGGGUUCCUGUUGGAGAUGACCAUGAGUGGCUCAAGAAGGUGUUAAUUGAAGUUCAAUUGCUGCAGCACCUUUCACACCAAAAUCUGGUGUCAUAUCGACAUGUGUGGCUUGAAAACGCAAGGCUCAGCAACUUUGGCCCAAGAGUGCCAUGUGCGUUUAUCUUACAGCAAUAUUGCAAUGCAGGUGAUCUACAAAAAUACAUGUGCGGUUCAAUUCAGACUGCAGCAGAUACACCGCAGCAGUUAAAAGAUCGGCUACGGCGGAGAUCUCGAGGCCAGCCAGAACUCCCAACUGCUGCUAGCGGACCGAGGCGGCUUCAGCUUGAAGAGAUCUAUUCAUUCUUCAAAGAUAUUACUUCUGGGCUCCGUUUUUUACAUGCGAGUGGCUACAUACACCGUGACCUAAAGCCAAGUAACUGUCUUCUACAUGAAACUGGCCGCGAGUUACGGGUCUUGGUCAGUGACUUUGGUGAAGUCCAGUUUGAGAACACUGUUCGCAAUUCCACUGGAACGACGGGUACUAUCUCCUUCUGUGCCCCUGAAGUGCUACGGCGGGUCUCGCCCGAUGGCCCAUUUGGCAACUUUAGCUUCAAAUCAGACGUUUUUUCACUUGGAAUGAUUCUCUAUUUCCUUUGCUUCGGCCAACUUCCAUAUCGUAAUGCCGAUGUCGUCGACGAAGAUAAAGAGGAUCUUGACCUUCUCCGGGCUGAAAUUAGCCGAUGGGCAGGGUUUGAUGAUGCAAGGCGAAUGCGACCUGACCUCCCUGAUAAACUCUACUCUUUCUUAACACGUCUUUUGGACGUGGAUCCUGAUAUGAGGCCAACUGCAGAGGACGUCCUGAAUGGCAUCCAGGCUGGUGGCUCCAAUGAAGGGCGCCGUUUUCACAGGGGCCCAUCUUCCACCGACCUCCAAGCUAAUGCCCGUGUGCUUCCUGUAGAUAGCCCUGCUACCAGGUCGCCAUCACGACGGCCACGAAGUCCCGUGAAGAGGGCACCUCCAGCAUUGGAUCUUCCCCCUUCAAUCAUUCGUUCUACCAUGCUGGGGAAAAACGGCUCUAACCAUGCGACUUCCAGCGACCCAGAUCCGACCUCCGAAGUCCAAAAUAAUGAAAAUGUCAACACAGAGACUACUAACCUCCUUAUCCGGUCUACUGCCACAUCUCCUCGCAUUGUGCGCAACCAUCCUGAAGACCAUAAUCGGCGAUUAUAUACUGUUACAAAUCGCCUCCUUUUACCUCCUCCUGACAGGGUUCCAAUAAUCGGUCACAUUCUAAGGAGCAGGACUAUUUUCCCCGCUUUAAUCAACUUCGCCCUACUUACUUUAAAAUUCCUUUCCCUCACCCAGCCCUGCGCUCCACUUACUGCCAGGCCGUGGAUACUAUACCCGCUUCUUUUCCUCGCUGUGCUAGAUUUGAGUAUUCCGAAAAAACUGUUUCAUGUGGCCUCCCUCUUGUUCCACGUACUUGUCUUAGUUUUUGCUUUUAAAACCGAGUCUCUCUGUUCGCAUGGGUUUCGUGACACGUACGCUGGUUGA